AUGAAUUAUUACUUAAAACACUACAAAAAUUCCUUUUUCACUGAUAUAUUGGAGUUUUUGAAUAUCGUAACUAUUCAAGAACAAUUACCUCAUCAGACAAGUUACUCCGAAAAGAAAGAACUAACACAAUCAAUUGGUAAUAUUAAAUCAAAUUCAUCAAACAUCGAUAAUGUUUCAACGGAUAUUAGUGAGUCCGAUGAUAUAACACAAGAUAUUUAUGAUAACUUAGGUGGUGAUGAUCAAUCAUAUCAUAAUAAUUUAGAAAGAAUUGCUACUGUGAUGUCUGGUACAUCAUCUCAUAUGAAUAAUACUAAUGAUAAAGAUAAUGAUAUCAGUGGGGGUAAACCAGGGAAAACACAUGAAGAAAAAAAUGAUAUCGAUGCUGAUGAUGAAGAAAAACAAUUAUCUGGUACCGACUCUAACUCUACAUCACAAUCACAACCACAUAUGAGUAAUCUUGUGGAUGACGGUGAUGUCGACGAAAACGAUAUUGAUGAUCCAUUUUUAAUCAGUUGGCACAAUACAUCUAUGGAAGAUAAUCCACUAAAUUGGUCUACAUUCAAGAAAUCAUUUAUGAUGGCUGAAGUUAUGUUAUUAGGUUGUGUAACUUAUAUGUGUUCAUCUAUUUAUACUCCUGCACAAGCUACUAUUGCUGAAGAAUUUGGUACUGGCCAUGUUGUUGCUACGUUAAAUUUAUCGUUAUAUGCAUUGGGUUAUGGUAUUGGUCCGAUUAUAUUUUCACCUUUAUCUGAAGUAGCAAAGAUAGGUAGGCAACAAAUUUAUUUUUAUACAUUAUUUGUGUUCUUCUUAUUUCAAAUUGGUUGUGCUACUGUUAAGAAUAUGGGUGGUUUAAUUGUAUUAAGAUUUUUUGCUGGUAUUAUGUGUUCACCAGCUUUAGCUACAGGUGGUGCUACCGUGGCUGAUAUGGUUACAUUAAAACAUUUAUCAAUUUGUUUAUCAACAUGGGAUCUUGGUGCUACAUGUGCACCAAUUAUUGCACCAAUCAUAGGUGCCGCUAUGCUCGUUGCCAAGGAUUGGCGUUGGAUCUUUUGGUUUAUGACAAUGAUUGGUGGAUUUACAUUAGUAUUAUUAUUAUUCUUUUUCCCAGAGACAUCACAUCAAAAUAUUUUAGCACGUCGUGCUAAGAGACUAAGAAAACAAACAGGUGAUCAAAGAUAUUAUACAAGACAAGAAAGAUUAGAUUCAAAAUUAACAAAACGUGAAAUUAUGAUUACGACAUUGUAUAGACCAUGGGAAUUAAUGUUUAAAGAACCAAUCAUUAUGGCAUUUGAUCUUUAUAUUGCAUUAGCUUAUGGUGCGUUUUAUUUAUUCUUUGAAGCAUUUCCUUUAGUCUUUACCAAUAUUUGGCAUUUCACUGUAAUUGAAUCCAGUUUAGCAUUUUUAGGGUUUGCAGUUGGUACAGCAUUUUCUUAUCCCUUAUUAUUUUAUUUUUUAAAGACAAUUAUAAAUCCAAAAAUUAAAACAAAUACAGUAACACCAGAAAUGUUUUUAAUAUUAAUGAUGUGGGUAGGCUGGUGUUUACCCUUAGGUUUAUUUUUAUUUGGUUGGGGCGCAGGUACACAUUGGAUAGUUCCAAUAAUAUCUGAAAUAUUUUUCCAAUUGUCAUUAUGGAGUUUAUUUCAAGUUACAUAUUCAUAUUUAGCAUCAUGUUAUCCAAGAUAUGUUGCAUCAGUGUUUGCAGGCAAUGGAUUAGUUAGAUCAAUAUUUGCAUGUGCAUUCCCCUUAUUUGGUGUAAUAAUGUAUGAAAAUACAGGUACAAAGAAUUAUCCAGUUGGCUGGGGUUCGAGUAUUCUUGGAUUUUUCACAUUAUUAUUGACAGCUAUACCAUUUAUUCUUUAUAAAUAUGGUCCUGCCAUUAGAGCAAGAUCAAAAUUCAGUGGGUAA